AUGGCGCAAGAGUUGGAAGACCUUGACGAGAUCAGGUUGGCCUUGGAGAUCCAUGUGGAGGGCAAUAGCCUUGGAAAAACCAUUGUGGGUGUGGAAAUGAUAACCAUCCCUCGUAAGAAACUACAAAGUGGUGGUGGUGGAGGUGGUGCUGGUGGAGGUGGUGGUGAAAGAGAUGGACGUGAAAGUGGUGGUGGAAGAAGUGGUGGUGGAGGUUGUGGUAGUGGGGAUGGCGUUUGUGGAGGUGGAAGUGGUGGUGGUGGUGGUGUUGGUAGUGGAGAAGGAGGUGGUGGUUGUAGUGGUGAUGGUGCUGAAGAAGUUGGAGGAUGUGUGGUGGUGGCGGUCGGUGGUGAUGGUGGUGGAGGUGGUGGUGAUGAAGAUUGA